UACUUUGUCUAGAAAAAACAUAAAAAUGUAUUUUAAAAUAUUGAGAUUUUAAAUUAAAUAAGAAUGAUGUUUUAUGUAAAAUUGUAAAAUGCCAACUUCAUAUGAAGAAGUUCCAAAUAACUGGAACUGUAAUACUGUUGCCUUCUGUGUGUUGUUAUAUGAUACCUUUCCAACUACUGGGAGAACAUUACCAAAUUAGAAGAUCAUGAAGCUCCUGCCAAAAAUCUAUGUGCUAUUUUAUCAGGAAAAGGUUAAUAUUCAUAAAACCUCCCAAUAUUGUGAUAAUUAUAAUUAAAACAUGUUACUUUAACAUAUUUAAAUAGGCUACUUAAACUUAGUAAAUAAAUAUAUUUGUGCGCAGGCCACACAAUUCUAAUUAAAUAAAGAUAAUUUUUGUAGUCAUUUCAGUUUCAUUCAUCAUGACCAGAAUGUAAACCUCUUGAGAGAUUCUCCAGGAAUUUUUGUCUUACUCAUCCGGUAUCCUCUUGAUUUGCUAGUGCUAGUAGAGUGGCUGAUUCUUGCAGGCUCAUUCCUCUCAGUUAUGCCACCCUCUGUUUCUCCUAAUUGCUCUCACCUGUUCAUCUCGCAGUCAUUCUUCAUCAUUCAUUGAAGGCUUUGACAACUAGCUCAGAGUUUUGCUCUCUCCCCCAAACCCUAUUGUCGUAUGGAUGACUUCAACCUCUUUCCCAUCGGAUAAUGUUACUCUUCUCUUCUCUACUCAUAAGCUUCCAGUGGCUUCCUGUCACACAUGAGACAAAUUCCAAAGUCCUUGCUAUGGCCCAAAGCAUCCUGUGCUACUUCUCUAACCUCAUUUCCUGUCCUUUCUCAUUCAACUCGACCACAGUGACCUCCUUGCUAUUUAAGUAUUACCAAUUUUUUCCACUUUAUGGCCUUUGCAUUUUUCUUCUGCUAGAAAUGCUUUCUCCCAGAUGUUUAUGUCGUGCUCCCUCACUUCAGUGAGUUCUGCACUCAGAUGUCCCUUUCUUCUUUGACCUCUCUAUCCAAAAUAAUAUCCUUAUUCUACUUUAUUUUUCUUCAUAAUACUUCGUAUCUCUUAAUGUUUAUUUGUUCAUUCCAUUAGAAUAAGGGAAGGAAUAAGCUUUAUCUGCUUUUUUCACUGCUGUAUUUUUAUCUCAUCUGCCUGUCAAAACCUUAACCCGGAAGGAAUUCAGAGUUUUUUCUGAUUUGUUGAGUGGUAAUAAAAGAAAUUGCACAUCUCUGUAGAUAGGUACGAUUAUCUCAACUGAGCCCUCAGCAUUGCUCAGUGAUUCUAUGUUUUAAUGAUUCUUGUCUUCUUACUUUUCAGACACCUAUUGAACUGUUUCACUUGUGUGUUCUGUCACACAUGUGCCUCCAAUUCAGUGACUAAAAUUAAGCUCAUCUCUUUCAUCCACUUCCAGCCCUGGCUCUCUUCGUGUGUUUCAUCACUGUCCACUCAAUUGCCUAAGCCUGAAUCCUGGGAAUUAUCCUUAACUUUUCUCUUUUUCUCUCAUCAGUGUCCAUAUAGUCAUCAAAUCCUGUCAAUUCUACUUUCUAGUUAUCCCAGUUAGUCCAGUUAUUUCUGUCUCCCCUACCAUAUUAGCUCCUGUCAUUUUUCACCUGGAUUUGUGCUAUAGUUUUAAAUGGACACCUUGCUUUCUCUCUGGCUUUCUAAAAUACAGAUCUGGGUUGGCUGGGGCCUGCGGUACGCCGCUUCAGUGAGGGGCUCGCCUGCGGCCACCCAGCUUCUUGCCUUUUUGGGCACCACUCCCCUGGCCAGCCCGACACGCCGUGCCAGUGGCACGGCACCGAUUCCUCUCGGGCUCUUGGGCGCUGCUCUGAGCAGCGUCACUCUUUAUACCAGAAAGCUGGCGGGCACUAUGGGGAGAAAACAAAACAUGAAGAAGGCGGAGGAGGUGCUAGAAGAGGAGGAAGAGGAAUAUGUGGUGGAAAAAGUUCUCGACCGUCGAGUGGUAAAGGGCAUAAUGGAGUACCUCCUGAAGUGGAAGGGGUUCUCAGAUGAGGACAACACGUGGGAGCCAGAAGAGAAGCUAGAUUGCCCUGACCUCAUUGCCGAGUUUCUGCAAUCACAGAAAACAGCACAUGAGACAGAUAAAUCAGAGGGAGGCAAGCGCAAAGCUGACUCUGAUUCUGAAGAUAAGGGAGAGAGGAGCAAGCCAAAGAAGAAAGAAGAGUCAGAAAAGCCACGAGGCUUUGCCCGGGGUUUGGAGCCAGAGCAGAUUAUUGGAGCUACAGACUCCAGUGGAGAACUCAUGUUCCUGAUGAAAUGGAAGAACUCUGAUGAGGCUGACCUGGUCCCUGCCAAGGAAGCCAAUGUCAAGUGCCCACAGGUUGUCAUAUCCUUCUACGAGGAAAGGCUGACGUGGCAUUGCUACCCCUCGGAGGAUGAUGACAAAAAAGAUGACAAGAACUAACUCUCCUGAGUACCAGCCCCUGUCGCAUCUGACUGUGGGUUUCAAGUGGAGAGAGAAGGGGUUCUACUUGUCUUGACACCAUAGAGGUGGCUUGAGAAGAUGUCCUUUGAAGAGCCAGUAUAGUUUCUGUGCCCUACAGCAGCUCAAGUGCUUUCAAGCCGUUCCAUGCUGUAUAGUUUGCACACCCAUCCCAGUGGAGGGGAAGGAGGAGAAGUGUUUCAAGGCAGCCCAUUCUGCAUUUUGCUGAGAAAAGCAAAGACCCUUCCAUGAAGGACAGAACUUUCAGAAUGGGUGUGUGGGAGAGCAGAAAGAUACUGUAGAUCUUCACAUAGCAUCUCCACAACCCACAGCCUUCUUCCCAAUAGUGUUAACUCUGCAUUUUUACAGCGUAGCAUGUGUGUAGUUUUUGGCUAUUACUGGUAUAUUAUU